AAAGAAAAUGUCGCGUUUGAUUUCGGGAGUUCGUUCGGCCUUUCGCCGUUAUCCUUUUGUGACCAACAGCGCCAUCUAUGGCAGCCUGUAUGUGGGGGCCGAAUAUUCUCAGCAAUAUCUGUCCAAGCGCUGGUUACCGCCCGCGGCCGAGAAAGAGGAUAUCGAUUAUGCCACAAUAGGAAGAUACGCCGUCAUGGGCACUGCGGCCUAUGCCCCCUCGUUGUAUUUUUGGUAUAAAUGGUUAGAUCGCGUGUUUCCUGGCACUACCAAAACUAUAAUCUUAAAAAAAUUGGUCCUCGAUCAGUUUGUACUAACGCCUUAUUUAUUGACUGUCUUUUAUGCCGGAAUGUCAAUCAUGGAGGGCUCAGAGGACAUUUUCCUGGAACUGCGUGAGAAGUUUGUGCCAACUUUUGUGCGAUCCUGUGUUUUCUGGCUUCCCGCUCAGGCCCUAAACUUUUCCCUGGUAGCGCCCCGAUUCCGUGUUAUUUAUAUGGGUGUUUGUGGCCUAAUUUGGGUUAACAUUCUGUGCUGGACGAAGCGACAGAGCAUCACGAAAUCAAAUUUAGAAACAACAGAAUCGAAAACUUUGAUUAAGAACACCGAGUUAUGAGCUUUGAAUAUAUAAGCCAAUGUAUAUAGCCUUAGAUAGACAUCUACAAUUGAAAUUGGCAAAUAAAAAGAGAGAGAGACGCCUAA